CUUUGACUUAGUACUCGAUCUGCUAUUCAAUUUGAUCAUUUGUUGCAUACGGUCGUUAGAACUUUUCAGCAAUGAACAUAAUGAUUUCAGCUAAAACCGAGAAGGAAGCUCCGUGCACUAAAGAUCCCAAGGAGAUUGAAGCAAAACCGUCUGAAAACAUGGAAAGUGCUCCUAAGACGAUCUUGGAGGAUAAAAAGCACAAAGAUCCCAAGGAGAUUGAAGUAAAACCUGCUGAAAACAUGGAAAGUGCUCCUAAGACGAUCGUGGAGGAUAAAAAGCACAUGGAGCAAAUGUUGGCCGUUUCGACAAUUCCACUGCGCUUGGACCACCAAAUCCAGUGCAUCAAGACCAUUCAGCAGGAGCUGCUUAAGCUUCACCUGAAGCAGGUGAUGCUCCUCGACGGCUGCACCGAAUUACUGCAUGAACUUAAUGCCGUGCAGCCCACUAAUGAGAACGAGGAGAUAAAAGUGUUGGAAACAUUUCGUGAGGUCAAGUCGAAGCUAUCGGGGGUAUUUGAACACUACCUUCCCGCCCAGCUAAGCAUACUGAAGCAGGAAUCGAAGAUAUCACAAAUGCCCGCCGAUGUAAUUCCAAAAUAAUUUUAUUACCUUGAUUUAUAAGAAUAAAUAUAAAAAACAAAUCGUUACAGGUCAA